CUUUUGCACCCCUGGUCAGUCUCGAAUCGCUCUUUUUUGGGGAGCAUUGGAUCGCCUCUCAUCUUAUAACAUCACUAUCAUUCAGUUUGCUUGUCUUUCUUGCACAACAUCAGCCUAGACAAAUAUACACCUUUGGUCGACAAGACCACAAGCUUGGGGGAAGAUGGGAUCCGGGCGUACCGCUGCCCGAUUGGUCGGGAUAGAUGUCGACCGGUACAGUAAGGAGAGACGUACUGCCGUCCCAGGAAACCUAGUUGGGGUAUCUUACUAUGUUGAGGCGGAACCUACAGCCAAGGAAGCGCUCGAGCAGUUGAUCCCAACGGCGGCUGGUGUCAAGCGCUACUUUCGCUCCUUGUUUCCCUUUUUGAGCUGGAUCUUCCACUACAACCUCACCUGGCUGAGCGGCGACCUGAUUGCUGGCAUCACGGUUGGCUUUGUUGUUGUUCCUCAGGGAAUGGCAUACGCCCUCCUGGCCCAGCUGCCUCCCGAAUUCGGCCUCUACACCUCAUUUGUGGGCUUCCUGCUGUACUGGGCGUUUGCGACGAGCAAAGACAUAACCAUCGGCACAGUGGCUGUCAUGUCCACCAUUGUCGGCAACGUCGUCAUCCGAGUGCAGUCGACGCAGCCUGAUAUACCGGCGGAGCAGAUCGCAAGAUGCCUGGCCCUCCUCUCGGGAGUUGUACUGCUAUUUUUGGGUCUCGUCCGCGCUGGUUUCAUCGUCGAAUUCAUAUCGCUCACGGCUAUCGCCUCCUUCAUGACUGGUGCCGCCGUCAGCAUUGCUGCUGGCCAGGUGCCUACCAUGAUGGGCAUUAGUGGUGUCAGCAGCCGCGAUCCGACUUACUUGGUCAUCAUAAACACCCUAAAGGGGCUGCCUCGGACUAAACUGGACGCUGCAAUGGGUCUUUCGGCUUUGGUCAUGCUUUACUCGAUCCGCUCAUUCUGCAAUUUUAUGGCAAGGAGGCAGCCCCGGAGGCAGAAGAUGUGGUUUUUUAUCGCCACCCUGCGUAUGGCGUUUGUGAUUCUUCUGUACAUUUUGAUCAGCUUCCUUGUCAACCGGAAUGUGACCAAGGCCUCCGAUGCCAGGUUCAGGAUCCUCGGCACUGUUCCUAGCGGAUUCCAGCAUGUCGGCGCACCAGUCAUGACUUCAAAGGUCCUUAAUGCUGUUGCACCCGAUCUGCCCGUCACAAUCAUCGUGCUCAUCAUCGAACAUAUCGCCAUCUCCAAAUCGUUCGGACGCAUCAACAACUACAUCAUUGACCCCUCGCAGGAGCUUGUCGCCAUAGGAUUCUCCAACGUGUUUGGCCCGUUCCUCGGCGGCUACCCAGCCACUGGCUCAUUCUCCCGAACCGCGAUCAAGGCCAAAGCCGGAGUUCGAACGCCGCUGGCUGGCAUCUUCACGGCGGCUAUCGUGCUACUUGCCCUCUACGUGCUGACCUCGGUCUUCUUUUACAUCCCGUCGGCCAGCUUGGCAGCCCUUAUCAUCCACGCAGUUGGUGAUUUGAUCACCCCGCCCAACACUGUCUACCAGUUCUGGAUGACGUCUCCCAUAGAGGUGGUAGUGUUCUUUGCCGGUGUUAUCCUGACUGUUUUCACAAACAUUGAGAAUGGAAUCUACCUCAACAUGGCUGCGUCGGCGGCACUGCUGCUGUUCCGGAUCGCUCGAUCGCCGGGCCGCUUCAUGGGCCACACCAGAAUCUACACGACGACUAGCACCGCAGGGGCUUCUGCUUCCGAGCUGGAGGCAUCAGGAACUGGCCGAGAUGCCUACUUUGACGAGGAAAGGCGAGACAAUGCGAACCCAGACCUACCAAUCCGCCAAGUCCACCCGGGCAUCUUCGUGUACCGCUUCCCAGACGGGUUCAACUACACAAACUCUGCCGCACACCUCGACUUCAUAACCAUGUACGUCUACAAAAAGACACGCCGGACCGUGCUAGACAACAAUGCCAAGAUUGGCGACCGACCCUGGAACGACCCGGGCCCCCGGCGCGGGCAGAUGGUGACGGACGACAUGGCCAACCGGCCCAUUCUCCGCGCCAUGGUCCUCGACUUCAGUUCCAUCAACUACGCCGACGUCACCUCGGUCCAGGCCCUCAUCGACCUGCGCAACCAAUUCGCCAAGCACGCCGCGCCGUCGCCCGUCGAGUGGCACUUUGCCGGCGUCACCAACCGCUGGACCAAGCGCGCCCUGGUCGCAGCUGGGUUUGGGUUCGCCGACACAGCCGCCGAGGCCGACCACUCGGCGUCAUCCUCUCGGGAGAAGGAUUACGAAUCUGACAGCGGCAGCCGCGUACCGGGAUCUCCCAACACGCCAUGGGCACCGCUUUUCAGCGUCUCGGUGGUCGACGGGUCUGGGAACGUCGAGCCGCGGCACGAGGAUGGUUCUCGGAUGGCGGUUGAUGCCGAGAAGGGCAACGGGACCGCGGCGGAUGGAAAUGGAUCGGCAGCGGGUGCUGCUUCUUUGGGAGGUAGUAGCCUGGUCCCUGUGUAUGGACUAAACAGACCGUUUUUCCAUGUCGACGUUGCAGAGGCGGUGCAGAGCGCGCUUUCAAGCAUCGAGAGCAAUACUUGA